AGCGCGGUCCUCCGCAGCAACACCACCAUGUUGUUCACCGUCUUCGGUGCCGCUUUCGGCCUUCAGCUGGCGUUCGACACCUCCUCGGACAAGAUCUGGGACAGAGUCAACCGCGGCCGACAAUGGAAGGACAUCAAGCACCGAUACAUGGAGGCUGCCGAGGACGACGAGUAG